AUGUCACGCUAUACAACAAUGGAAUAUCCCAACCUAGCCAAUGGUGUAAGGAACGUUGGCCAAGACGGCGUGGUACCAGCUCACGUUCCUGGUCCUGAGCAUGUUGUCGUUAUGUUAAAUGCUGAUACCAUUGAAUGUAUACCACUGCUCGGAAAGCCACAAGCGCAGCUGCUACGUCGACAACCUUACGAUGAGCAUCGUCUCGUCGCAUUGCAUCGCCUUUUUCGCCGAGACAAGCAGACAACCGACUGUCGCAGACUUGAAAUCAACCGGUAUGUUGGUAAAUAUUAUACCUGUAUAAUUAAUUUAUAUUAUAAUAAUUAUAUUGUUGCUGAAGUGGUGUUAAGUGGUGUUAAGUAUUUGAUAUAG